AUGGCAGGAGUCGCAUCGGAUAUAGAAAUGGCAGACGCCUGCGCUCCAUCCUCGUCCUCAUCCUCUGACCUCACCCCUCCACCCACUUACAGCUCAGACUACGAGGAACUUCCCAAGAGAGCCAAGAAAACUUCCCCCAAAAGGACAGUCGACUCACUCAACGCGCGGGACGACCCGGAAUCAGAAGCUAUCGGCACAGAACUUACCGGCACACACUUGCCCAGCAUGACGCGACGUUCGGCACGCAAUUCGACUAAGCCUAAGCCCGUCACUGCUUCUCCUCCGAGAGUCACCAAGAAAAAGCAGCCUACCAGAGUGGUGCCCAAGAAGGUGCCAAAAUGGACGACGCAGAAGCUCCUGACGGAUCCCAACUCGCCGCUUGCCAGCGCUAAUUUGAGAGCGAUGCUCUGCCAGCCAGCGGCGUGGGACAUACUCACCAAAGAAGAGCGCGCCGAGAUCGUCAAUCUCUUCCCAGCCGGCACACGCAUUCUCGACGCCGGCACUGACGACGCCCGUCCAGACUUUGACGCCCUUCGCAAUGACAACAACUUCCGCCACGAUUGUGCCACGUAUGCCGACAAUAUUUCCCUGGGCAAGCACGACCCCGAGUGGCUCGAGCAGGCGUGGGGUGCGCGCGAGCGGCGGCGGGCGGGCGACUUUGACGACCACGUUACGCAAAAGUUCGAAGAUGAAUGGUCCUGCAAUGUGCCAGAGGGCUUUAAGCCGGACAGAAGUAGCAUUGUACCAGGUCCCGCUGCGUCUGCAGAAGUUGAGAAGACCAGGGUUGGGCAGAAGGAGGAGAUCACCAAUCAGGCGGAGGAGCAGAUUAUCGACAAGGUCCAGGCGGAGGGAGACGUCGUCAACCAAGCGGAGGAGGUGAAGGCUACGGCUAAGAACGUCCCGGCUACUACGGAUACGACGAAUGACGUUAACAUGGCAGAGGAGAACGAAGCUAGAGAAGCACCGGGUGUCACACUUGGGUCUCCUCUUCCCGACGACAUCUCAUCAGCAAAGAAUGGCGCUCCUACUUCCGAGAUCUCAGAGCUGGCGUCUGCUAUGCCCGAAUCCUCAGGGGUGCCGCUUGCGAGCGUUGCUCUAGACGAUUCAUCCCCGAAGACCAAUCUUCGAGAUCCAGGCGAGGAGACAGAAAAGCAGAAGGAGAAGGAGUAG